GAUAGUUUCAACUGUAUAUAUAAACUUUAAAAGAAAGUUAUUAAUUCUUUAGAGGAUUAUUAUAUACAAUUCAUAAUCCUCAGUCUAUAGUUGAAAUAUAACCCACUUUCACAAUCCUCGUAAGGUCAUCCACAUUUCAAACAUACCCAAUUGUUUAGAAGCAUGUAAGAAUUGAUAUUUCAAAAUGGGAGUAACAAAGCCAGUAGCCUCUAGAAAGGUCCAACCUAUCGCAGGACCCUCACCACGGACCGGUCGUCCUGCGCUUCAGAGCACGCAGACAAAGAAAGGAAAUGAUGCUCGUGUGAAAGACGAGGCACACGUGCAGAUUGUAACAAGAGAUCCAAGAUCUAUCAAUGAACAUGUCAAGAUUCAGUUUGAGGACGUCCUUGGAGAACCAGUUGGGGUUAGAACGGUUGAUUGUUGCUGGAUUAAAUCUUUCGUCUGCUAUACGUGCUGUAAAAACUGUCUGUAUAGGUUUGUCUCGCUAAUAUUUGGCUUUCCUCUCGCUACAAUCUACGGUUGUUUAUUCGGAUGCACAGCGUUCCCUCAUGUGUGGUGUAUAACACCGUUUUCUAAAGCCUUUCAAAUAUGCUGUCAUUCAUUCAGUACGAUUUUCAGACAAUGUAUUUUGUGCGUGAUUGGUGCUCCGUGCGAGAAUUGUGGGGAAAUUUUCUCCGCGUUCAAUACAGAUGGAAAGAAGAAAGGAUCAGGUGCGACAACUAAACGCGGGGGUGUGACAUUUAAUGACAAAGUAAAAACCAGAAAGAUUCCGGCAAGGAACACUGUAGGUGUAAAAGAUCAACAGGUAUCCAGAAUACAGGCUGUGAGACAACAAAGACGAUAGUACUGCUAAAACUAUACCUAAAUGACGCG